CAUCCCCUGCAGCUACUACCUUCUGUACCACCUCCCCUCCCCCUCCCUUUAGAGUUCUAUCAUGAAUGCUGCUGCCAGACUCAUCCACCUUACUAACCAUUCCAUAUCUGCCACCCCUCUCUGCCAAUCCCUUCACUGGCCUCCAUUUAGUGUCCUCCAUCCCUCUCUGCCAAUCCCUCCACUGGCCUCCACUCAGUGUCCUCCAUCCCUCUCUGCCAAUCCCUCCACUUGCCUCCACUCAGUGUCCUCCACCCCUCUCUGCCAAUCCCUCCACUGGCCUCCACUCAGUGUCCUCCAUCCCUCUCUGCCAAUCCCUGCACUGACCUCCACUCAGUGUCUUCCAUCCCUCUCUGCCAAUCCCUCCACUGGCCUCCACUCAGUGUCCUCCACCCCUCUCUGCCAAUCCCUCCACUGGCCUCCACUCAGUGUCCUCCACCCCUCUCUGCCAAUCCCUCCACUGGCAUUUACUCAGUGUCCUCCACCCCUCUCUGCCAAUCCCUUCCACAGGCCU